AUAUUUAGCUCAAAAAGCGACUGUUUUAAGUCGGGAUAGGCUGCUUAAAAUUUGAGAUAAAACUAAACUUAACAAAUAAUUGCUGCUUCUAAGUGUUAAUUUGUUGUUUUCGACAUAUUCAGGAUGGGGAGACUAGUAAUAUUGCUACUUGUUUUGUUCAUAAAUGCUUCAGUUGCUGAAUUUAUUUUUGCGAGAGGCCCUGAUCACAGUAAAGGCAUACCUUGCCCAGGAAAUAUGAAUAAGGAAACGUGUCUGCCGGGUUACCGAUGUGAAGAGGGAAGUGGUAAAAAUGGCUGCGUAAGAAGUUUUAGUAAAAUAGCUUUCGAAGCCUACACAACCAACACAGUAGGACAUUUUCCAAAUGGAAAGGUGCUUAUUUUCCCAGAAGUCUCCGUCAACGAUGGUCAGGGGUAUAAUUCCAAAACUGGCAUUUUCAAAGCACCGGUUGCAGGAAUGUAUCAUUUCACAGUGCAUGUCUGCAGUGCAAGAAGUAAGCAUAUGGUUGUAGCAAUUAUGAAGGGAGGGGAGCAAAUUGCCGUAACAACCGUAUUUACAGAACCCUACUCGGGUUGCGGGUCUCACAGUACCAUGGCAAGAGUUGCAGAAAACGAAUCUGUUCACGUGGAAGCACGUUGGGUUGAUAGCCGUCUUCAAUCAGACAUAUAUCGUUGGCCUUCUUUCAGUGGUUUUCUUAUGUAUCGCUAUGAUUGAAGUCUACUUAAUACUUAAAACUGUAAUAUAAUAUUCAUUACACUAGCUUUUGAAAUCAUUUUGUUAUAUUUUUGGGUCUUCAAAGAUAAACUUCUACCGGGGUCAGAAAUAUAUAAUUCAAAACAUUUUGGAAAAAAAUAUUUGAUGACGGAUUACUAUGUUUUUCUUGGCUUGAAAUGUGCCUUAUCUAAAAUGCAAACUACCAUCUUAAAAUGUGUUUGUCUUUUACGUAAGGGGUAUAUAUUUGACACAUUGAUUUCUGAAAAUUAACAUUCAAUUGGAUGAUUUGUAUCAAACAUCCACUUUAGGUUUUCCGAGUGAUUAAGGUAUUAGCAUGUUUUCAUUUCUGUGCUAUUACUGUUUAUUUGAUUUCUUCCCUCCAAGUAUAAACAUGACUUCCAUGUUUGAAGAUAAAGAUGCUGGAGUGUUGCAUAGAUAUAUAAUGAAAGCUGACGUUUAACUUGUUUUAAAGUAAGGGAGAUCAACGACAAUUGAAAUAUUUGUCCCUUUAUAAAUUUUGAAACAACAAUUCAAACUACAGUCUAUUGAUAAUCAUGACUUUGACAUAAUCUCUUUUACACAAGUUUCUGUUACGAUAGUGUUUAUCAUUUUAUUAAUGUAGAAUGGAAUAACUUUUCUUAGAUGUUAAAGAAAAUAAAACUUAAUUCGUUUUAUAACAGAAAAAAAAUGAACUGAUAGAAAAAUAACACAAUUACUGAUGAACUAAACGGUGAUAAUCGGAGUUAACAACAUAUAAAGAUACUUAAAGGCACAUUUUGCUUCACAAACCAAUAAGUUUUUAAUUUCUUUGGAAUGAGGAAACAAUAUUGUUUUGUAAUGUUUAAAUAAUGGUUUAAGAGAAAUUUUAGAUACCUGAAAAAAAUAGCUAUAAAUGUGAAAUAAUUUGUCAUAAAAGUAGUAAAAUGUAAACAAAGUAGAUGUUGACUUUCAUACAAAAUACAUAUUCACUAAAUCUGUAUGUAUUACCAAAAAACGCAACAAAUGAAAAAGAUUAAUUCGGUAAUCUUUGCCAAUGAGUAGCUGUAUGGAUACUAUAAAAGUACAUCGAAAAGAAAAAAAUGGGGAUUUUAAAAAGCCUGUCUAAGACUAAAUUUAACUUUAUAUUAAAUAUUUUUAAAAAUCGUUUGAAUGUGUAUGCAGCAAUAUAUGUUAAUCAGAUAAAAAUAGUUUAGCCUAUUAAACUAUAUAUUGCAUCUUG